AUGCCAACCGUACGGGCUUGUACAAACUGUGUCCGAGCAAAGACGAGAUGUGCCCUCAGUGGAGCCUCCGGGACAUGUGAACGAUGCGUACGCCUCCGGAAGACCUGCCAGCCAUCGCCUCCAGUGCGCAAGCGCCGGGUAGUGGCCAAAGCCUCUGCAAAAGAUGUCCAGAAGCUUGAGGAGAAGCUGGACGGGUUGUACAGUAUCCUGCAUGGCCAGACGGGUAUGCUGAAUGGGUCGAAUCUGUCGGCCCAGGAGCAUGCAGUUCCAGCACCUCAUACGGACGAAGCCGUAUCGCUGUCUGUAUCUAUACCGCAGAGUUUAUCAGGCGCAACAUGUAGUCCAGCUGCUCCUUUCGAGCAGCCUCGAACAGCUUCUUACGAGCCUAACGAUAAUGAUGCCGAGGUGUACUUGGCUAGGUUCCGCUCCGAUUUUAUCGGCCAUCUGCCCUUUCUUGAUAUCCCAGUCUCUCAAACUGCCAGGCAACUGCAUCACGAGAGCCCGCUGCUGUGGCUGGCGAUAAUGACUGUCGCAUCUACGCGGACAACGCAGCAGAAAGCCAUGUCCAGGCAGAUGAGAGAGACAUUUGGCCGCGAGGCGUUUGUAGAAGGCACGAGAAGUAUAGACUUCCUGUUGGCGGUUCUGGUAUACGCUACCUGGGAUCGCUACUACGCACUUGACAAGCCGCUUUUCACUAUUUUGAUGCAGUUGGCUAUCGCAAUUGUAUACGACCUAGGCUUGGACAAACCACCGGCGCAGGACCCGAGCCUCUUGCUUAGCUACGAUUUGAAGGGGCACAAUCGGCCGUCCCACUACUCUCGGCUGCCUACCAUGCAGGAACGCAGGGCUUUGCUGGGAUGCUUUCUCGUUAGCUUCACGUCGAAUGUGUCCCGAAACGGUGAGCCACUUCAGUGGACGCCCUCAUUCGACGACUGUCUUCGUGUAUUCGAAGAGCAAAACGAAUCAACCAAUGAUACCUUGCUGGUGCAGCUUGUCAAACUACGUCUCAUCACAGGAAAGAUCCUGCAAAUGGAGCUGUACAGCGCAGAAAUGAUGAUCUACGAGAUCGGCUUCACGUCAGACUCAAGUAUAUUUCCGCAACAAUCGAACAAACAAUUCGAAUGUCUCUGUGCCUGUCUCCAAACUAUCAAGUCCUGGACCGACACCAUUCUAGCCCUGCAACCCGUUGAAUAUGUCGGGCUUUCGUGCUUGAUGUGCGCCAACAUGGCACGCAGUUUCAUCAACCUCUACCGUCUCACUGUCUGUGAGUACCCCGUCUGGGACCGCAAACUGGUGCGGGAGACAAUAGAUGUGUCAUGGGUACUGGAGACGGCGGCACAGCGGUUCACGCAGGUCAAAGAAGCAGCUGGACUGGAUCCAGAAGGUACUCAAGAACUUGACUUCUUCAUGAUCAUGGCAGCGAAAAUGGAGGCUAUGAAGAUGUCGUGGGACACGGCGGUGAUGCCGAUGAUGGAGGACACUUGGGAGCCGACUUUGGAUGAUCUGGACUUGUUCUCUAGCGAAUUCCGCAAUAUGUGGAGUUGGUGA